GAUGGAUGCAACUCUGAAAGAGCUGACCAGCUUAGUGAAAGAAGUCUACCCGGAAGCACGGAAGAAGGGUACACACUUCAAUUUUGCAAUUGUUUUUACAGAUCUCAAGAGGCCUGGAUAUAGGGUGAAGGAGAUCGGCAGUACCAUGUCGGGCAGGAAGGGCACAGAUGAUUCCAUGACAUUGCAGUCUCAGAAAUUCCAGAUAGGAGACUACUUGGAUAUAGCAAUUACUCCUCCGAAUCGUGCACCACCCCCAUCAAGCCGCAUGAGACCGUACUAA